GAGAACGAUAAUGAUGAUGAUAUCAAUGGAUUGGUCGAUGCUGCUAUGAUUUUGAACACAGAGGAGCAACAAGAGUUGCAGAGCAGUGUCUGUCCUGUCAAGGAUGCUCUGGCCAAGUUAUCAUAUAAAAUAAUACACUCUACCACAAAAAUCCUGCCUGUAUGGUAUGAUAUUCUGACAGAACUUGAGAUGUCGGCGCGGAUGUUGCCUCGAGAUGUUUUGACAAGGUGGAACUCAAUGUUCGAUAUGUUGGAGCAAGUGUUGAAGCACCGAAAAGCUGUCGACAGGAUAACA